AUGGCGACCAAGCCCUAUUGCCGCAAUCUUGUGGCCACGGUGACCUUCAAUUGUAAGCUGGAUCUCAAGCACAUUGCCAACAACGCGCGCAAUGCCGAGUACUCGCCCAAGCGCUUCUCGGCUGUGAUUAUGCGCAUUCGCGAGCCCCACACAACGGCACUCAUCUUCUCUUCUGGCAAAAUGAUUUGCACCGGAGCAAAAAGUGAGGAUGAUGCCUGGCGAGCGACACGAAAAUACGCACAAAUCAUCAAGAAGCUGGGCUAUGGCGAGUUGCGCCAUGAAAACUUUCAGAUUCAAAACAUGGUCGGCUCCUGUGAUGUGCGCUUCCCGAUCCGCCUUGAGGGUCUGGCUGCCAAUCACCAAUGCUUCUGCACCUAUGAGCCUGAAAUCUUUCCAGGACUCGUAUAUCGCAUGGUCAAGCCCAAAGUUGUCCUGCUUAUUUUUGUCAGUGGCAAGGUCGUUGUCACCGGCGCCAAGAGUCGGCAGACCAUCCACGAUGCCAUCAAUGCCAUAUAUUCGAUUCUACAGCAGUUUCGCAAGCCGUGA